GCGGGAUGUCGGUUGCCGCCGCGUGCGCUUUGCCGCCGGUGAAGGCGAUACGUCGAGGGAGCCGGCAAAGCGCCGAAGGCGGGGAAGACGCGCAGGAGCCGCUGUGGGACGGGGAAGUGACGUUGAGCAGCGAGCGGUGCGGGCGGGAACCGCAGCCGCUGCAACAGCUCGUGUCGACGGCGGAUGGAGAGGAGGAGGAGGAGGAGGAGGAGAAGCUGGAGAGGGAGCACUUCCGGAGAAUUAUCAACGCCUUCCGUUACUAUGGAAUCAAUAUGCAUGAAAGAGUGAAUCGUGCAGAAAGACAGUUUAGAUCUCUUCCAGCCAGUCAACAGAAAAUGCUUCCUCAGUUCCUUCCUCAUCUUGACAAGAUUCGGAAAUGCAUUGACCACAAUCAAGGAAUCUUGCAGUCAAUUGUGAAUGACUGUACACACAUGUUUGAAAAUAAAGACUAUGAUGAUGAUGGAAACGGAAAGAUUACGCCAGCUUCAACUUUUGACAUGGAUAAGUUAAAAUCCACUUUGAAACAAUUUGUAAGAGAUUGGAGUGAAACUGGGAAACCUGAGAGAGAUUCCUGCUAUCAACCAAUCAUUAAUGAAAUUGUAAAGAACUUUCCAAAAGACAGAUGGGACCUCUCCAAAGUUAAUAUCCUGGUACCUGGUGCUGGGCUAGGUAGAUUGGCCUGGGAAAUAGCUAUGCUUGGUUAUACUUGUCAAGGAAAUGAAUGGAGCCUCUUUAUGCUCUUUUCUUCUAAUUUUGUACUCAACAGAUGCUGUGAAACUAAUUCAUAUAAGCUAUAUCCCUGGAUUCAUCAGUUUAGCAAUAACAAGAGAUCUGCUGAUCAGAUACAGCCCAUUUAUUUCCCUGACGUUGACCCUCACAGUCUUCCUCCUGGUGCAAACUUUUCUAUGACAGCAGGCGAUUUUCAAGAAAUCUACUCUGAGUGUAAUAUAUGGGAUUGCAUAGCAACCUGUUUCUUCAUAGACACAGCACAUAAUGUCAUAGAUUACAUUGGCACAAUAUGGAAGAUACUCAAACCAGGAGGAAUAUGGAUCAAUUUAGGUCCUCUUCUUUACCACUUUGAAAAUUUAGCAAAUGAAUUAUCUAUUGAGCUGAGCUAUGAAGAUAUAAAAAAUGUUAUAUUACAAUAUGGAUUCCAUAUAGAGGUGGAAAAUGAAUCUGUUUUGACAACAUAUACUGUGAAUGAGCUAUCUAUGAUGAAAUACUACUAUGAAUGUGUGAUGUUCGUGGUUAGGAAACCAGAGAGCAGUAUCUGAAAUGGAUUAUCCAAGGAGGAAAAUGCUGACAUUUUGUUGAUAAUGUUAGCACAAAUAGCCUCUAGGUGAUGACUGGACACAACCUCACAUCAGCGGUGCCUUCUUCUUCCUCAUAGAAUGUAGCUCUGUUUAUUUUCUUAUUCUCUAAUAUGCUUUCCAGAUAUGUACUUCUAGAAAUUUGUAUUUCAGUAAUGAAUGGAGUGCAACUAUUCCUACAAAUUUCCUUUAAAUUCUGAUUACUUAAUCUUUCCUGAGAAGUCUGAUACUUUUAACAUUCACAAUUCUCUAUUAUACAAAACUCUAUUUCUAUCUUUCUCUGAAAGAAUGCCUAACAUUAUAUUGGAUACACAAUUGGUGUCCUUUGUCCCUGUUGUAUAGAAAACAAAUACAACCCCCCCUCCCAACCCCAAGCUAACAUAUUUAAAUACUAUUUUGGUGACGUUUGCUCCACAUAGGGGUUUUUUUUUUUUGCAGAUUUCACAAGCAGUGUCAUGUGAACUUGACCAUCUCCUGAUCAAAGAGUUGCAGAAAUGUAACCAUUUGUAAAAUGUAUGCACAUGCCAUCAUAACAAUCUUUAACAUGAAAUUGACAUUUGGGGCUGAAACUCUUAAUGAUGCCAGUUUUGGUCAUGCCAUGUCAAGCAUUUGACAAGUAAUUUGAAAUAUUAAUGUGUGGCAGCAAUCACUAAAACUAAUAUCUAUUAAAAUUAGACUGUAAACAGAAAUAUUUAUAUAUUAAUACUUUGAUCACUUGAUCUUUAUUGCCACAAUCCAACACUGAAAUGGCUGCUGUUAAAUAUGCUUAAUUCUGUGUGGGAUUGUCCUAUGAUUUUAAGGCAGUAUCUUUUGAUGGAAUUAAAGCACAGAAAGCAAAACCAACUUCUAGUUACUGUUCUUUGGGACAGUAGCAUUGGCAAUUUUACUGAGCUCACCCACCUAUGAUGUAUGUGUUUAUAAACUGGAUGGAUAUGGCUUGGAUGAAGCCAGCUGCCAUCUCUAUGUGCUGCCAGUUCUAGCUACUACCAUUUAGCUUGGCCAGCCUGUUGGAGAUUCUUAUCUGGAUUUCAUGCUAAUCGCCCAUCUGUCCUCUUCUUUCUUACAUAACUUAACGUUCUAAUUAUGUUUGGAGUUAUGCACCGUUAAUGACUGCUGGAUUCCCAAAGUAUGUACAAGGUUUCUUAAAUAUUAACUGUGGUGGAAUCGCUCGGUUUGAUUCAGCGAUUCCCCAGCCGGAGAAGGGGGGUCUGACUCACGCCCCUUCACUGCCGCUUGUUAACCCUUUGUAGUUCUCAAGGAAACAUGGCACACUCCAGAAAUUGGGACCAAACACUUUUAUUCUUAACACUACACACUUUCAUAAGGGUCCACACAUUAAGGUAAACACCUAAGAGGUUUUGGGGGGAAAACACUGACAAAGGAAUGACACACUUAGGACAGCAGGGGCUAAUACCUUAUCCUCCCCCUUUACACGCUCAAGCCUAAUAGAAUUCGCACUCACUCCCCACUUUUACCACCCACCAGCCGUAACUCCGGAAAGGUCCCUUGCCCAAUUGUACCCAAACCUAAACUAAAACAAAACAAAUGCAUAUAACUCUGUGACUCAACUUCUUGUUGCUCAUUCCAACUUGGCUUCACACCACUUGAAUUAAGACUCCUUCCCUCAGCAGCUGCGGGGAGCCUCCGCCAUCCAGCCAGCCCAGCCUGGAUGCUCUGACUCACCCCCCCCCACACACACACUGGACUUCUGACACCCACAGGAAAGAGAGCGGACCCUUCGGUGCCUCAGCCUUUUAUCCCUUUCUGGGACCCCCUUGUCACCAGACCCACCCUGACCAAUAGAAACCCCACAGCAACCCACACCUCUCCUGAAGGAAGGGGGAAUGCUCCCAGGCAUUGCACAGCUGCAACUUGUUACUCUCCCCCCCCCCCCCCCCCGGUACCAGCCCAGGGAGGCGUUAUCAGAUGCCAGGUGCUUCUCGCCCAGCGUGGCCUUGGCAUUUCACUUACUACUCCCUUACUAUCCCUCUCCCUCUCCUACUGAUGAUGUAUGUGUUUAUAAACUGGAUGGAUAUGGCUUGGAUGAAGCCAGCUGCCAUCUCUAUGUGCUGCCAGUUCUAGCUACUACCAUUUAGCUUGACCAGCCUGUUAGAGAUUCUUAUCUGGAUUUCAUGCUAAUUGCCCAUCUGUCCUCUUCUUUCUUACAUGGCUUAAUGUUCUAAUUAUGUUUGGAGUUAUGCACCGUUAAUGACUGUUGGAUUCCCAAAGUAUGUACAAGGUUUCUUAAAUAUUAACCACAAUCAAAUUUACUACUGAAACAUCCACAUUUUCAAAUCUCCCAAGAUAUGAAGAUGUGUUAGACGCUCUUACCCACAUUAAAUAUUCUGACUUGUAUGGCAAAUACAAUCCAAAAUGCUUCUAGUGGGAUAAAUGAGUUUACAUGGUUUAAAAUGAUUGAUGUCAUACUAAUGAAUCAUUGAACUUUAGGGAAAGAGAGUGGGUCCUUCUGGGAUUAAGUUCCAUCGAACUUGGUGAGUUUUGCUUCUGAGUAGACACUUAUAGAAUUGCGCUGUUACUCUUCCUGGUUCCCUAUGCUUAGAGUUGUCAAUUUACAUGGCACUGCACUGGCACAGUGAACAUAGUACAGUAAUGCCUUAGGAAGCAGCUCCUGUGGCUGUUCCUUGGUCUUAGAUUUGAACUCCCUCCUCUCUGUUACCGUUCGUAUAUCACUUCUGGGAUUGGAGCAAAGUUUUGUUCUUUGCUUCUUCCAACGGUAAAAUUACGUGGAUUGAGACUGAAGCAAGAUUUUGCUUGAUAGUUAAAUAUACAUUGUUCUGCAUCAGUAUUUUAUGCAUAAAGAGCUAAAAUAAUUUUACUAUGCACAUCAAGUUUCUUAAAUUCAUAAAAACCUGCUAAGAUUUUAGGUUGCAUAUUUGGAGUUUAGCCAAAGACAACCUUUUGUCUUGCCAGUUGCUUUACGAUUCCCCACUUGAACCCUAGUUUUCAUUCGGAAUACUUGUCUAUAUUUACUUUCCAAAAUUCAGCAAUAAGUAAUUUUUGAAGAAUAUUAAUUUUUUUUUCUUCAACGUGUACAGGAAUUUCAGAGUGAAGGCAGGGAAAAUAUUGAUAAAUAUUAGGAAUUAAGAUUGUCUCUCCACUGUUGAUCUCUGUAAUUCAUGUUCUGUAUAUGAUGGGACUAAUCAUGGAUUAAUCUGUGUCUUUGUUAUCCCGUGAUGUUUAUAUAUAAAGGGGAAAUUACUUGGUCAACGGAGGCUGACAGUAUUGACCUUUUAAAUUUAAAAUACUAUGUAGUGUAAAAUUUAAAAGUGCAUACUCAACUCAUUAAAUUUGAGUAAACAGAAAAAUGUAAAACAUCUUGUUUUAAAAUAAGUUUGCAAUCAGCUAUGAAUAAGUUAAUUGGGUACUUUAUUGCAACAUGACUUCCAAUUUCAUCAGUAGCAAAAUUGUCUUUUCUUCUACAAAUCUUUGCUGUAAGCAUGGCCAACAUUUUGUUGGCUUUUCUAUAAUACUGACCUUGCUAUAUGUGACAUCUUGAAUGCCUUUUUCCUCAGUUUUUUAUUAGCUUCCAUACAGAGAACCAGGAGCCUGUAGUCCAAGGAUUGAACAUUUGGUUAGUUUAAACAAAGAAUACCAUGAUUAAUGUGAAUGA